AUGGAGUCAGCCGAAUGUCUGAUGGAGUUGGACCGCAAGUCGACGGUGAAACAAUGCCAUGAUGAGACGCUACUCGAGAUAGAAACGGCUAACGUCGAAGCCAACAUCGCCAUGGAGGUCAAACUUGAUCGGAUGUGUAGUAAUGCGUGCUAUGGUUCGAUCACUUACUCUCUUUUAGUGAAAUAUAACACCCUUUUCAGGGCGCUCAACUUCUUCUCUGGUUGCGUAAAGGCACCAAUCAAGCAGGAAUGCGGGCUGUCAGCUUGGCGUGUCAUAUAUAGAGUCCUCAAGGACACCACACACACCCUCAUGCCAGGAUGUCAGUUUACUGGUUCUUCCACCAAACUCGUAGCAAACGAUACCAUAGCUACAAGCUAUGCCCAUUCAACUACCUAUCUAACGACAACUACGACAACGUCAAUGGUAGUCUUCAAGGAGCUCAGCAGUACUUUGAGCAUACCAAGUAACCCGUACAAGGUCGUGAAUAGGCAAAUCAUAAGCGAAGAGUUCUUACAAUUGAAUACUAGUCACCGGUUAGUCAUUGGCCUAGCAUUCCUGAUUGUGAUGCUUUGUUGA